AUGAAUAAUCCUACAAUAACAGAACAACUUCAAGGAUUUCCCAUUUUCCAAAUGGUGAUAGUGGGCUUACUCCGACUAUCUGAACCUAUUGCAUUUGCAAGUUAUUUAAGCUACAUUUUCUUUAUGAUUAAAAGUUUUAGAAUCGCCAAAAAUGAUGCAGAUGUCUCCCGAUACAGUGGUUAUUUGGCGUCAGCGUUUGCUUUUAGUCAGUUUUUGAGCUCUGUGAAGUGGGGUAAAGCAUCUGACAAGUAUGGAAGGAAGCCAAUUAUCCUUUUAGGUUGUCUCGGUACCGCUAUUUCGAUGAUUGUAUUUGGCUUCAGUACCAACUUUUAUAUGGCAUGUGCUGCGAGGGUUAUGAUGGGGCUCUUAAAUGGAAAUGUUUCCAUUAUGAGAACAACGGUCGGGGAGAUAGCUAUUGAGAAACGUCACCAAGGGAUAGCGUUUUCUAAUUUGAGCUUGUUGUGGAGUCUUGGUAAAUGUAUUGGAGCAUACAUUGCUGGAAAGUUAACUGAUGUUGAUCAUUUUAGGAACUAUAGACGUGACGAGGAGAAGGUCCAUCACUCGGACUUUUUAUUCAAGAAGUUCCCUUUUGCGUUCUCCAAUAUUGUCAUUUCAUCAUUGAUUCUAUGCUUCAUUGUUCUUGGAUGGUUGUUUCUUGAAGAGACAAAUGAAAAGGUGAGGCAUAAGCGGGAUCGAGGUUUGGAAAUAGGUGAUGCCAUACGCAGGUUACUAGGCUUUGAAGUGCCUGAUCGACCAUGGAAAAUGGUCAAAUCAGAGGACAGUGAGUUUUUGAUGCAUGAUAAUUCCUUGCGGGAUGAUUCAGAAGAUGAUGAAAAUGAGACAUACGAAUUACAACUGCUAAAUUCUAACGAAGACCGCACCCUUAAACAAGAAACUGAUAUUGCGCUCUUCACGUGGCCAAUAAUUUACCGCAUCUUUUGUAAUUUUCUAUUGUCAUUUUGCAAUGUCAUCUACACUGAGUUUCUUCCCAUAUUAUUGUCAAAAUCAAUUGAUGUAGAGUCUUUGAAAUUUCCAAUCCACAGCCGAGGGGGAUUUGGCUACAGUACUGAAGCUGUUGGUAAACUUCUUUCCAUUACUGGAAUUACUGGAGUAAUUUUUGUCAGCUUGCUAUUUCCUAUAAUCAACAAAUAUUUUUCACUUAUGACUGCUUUCAGAUCUGGUGUUGGUUUUGUCCCGCUUAUAUCAUUUACUUUACCAUUGAUCAUUUUCACAAUUCCAGAGUAUAAUCCCUUAUUCCACCUGCACGCCACAACAACUGCUCUACUCUACCUAAACACCUUUUUGUCCUCAUUCGUCGGUUCAAUUUCAUUUCUGCAAAUGACGCUUUUAAUCCACCGUGCGUCGCCAAAACAACACAGAGCAGUCAUCAAUGGUUAUACAAUCUCAUUUACUGCAUUUGCACGCUUUCUAUCCCCUCUCAUUUGGGGUUGGAUUAUGUCCCUAUGCGACACACACGGAGUUGGAGUUAUUGCUUGGUGGUUACUUGGAGCUAUCUACUUUGUAGUGUUUCUGUUUACGUUUCUUCUAAGUGAGGCUGAUGAACAGGAGUUUUAG